AUGUCUUUCAACACGGCAAAUACGCCGGAUGGAUUAGGCGUUCUUCUCUACAAUGGUGAGACAAUUGUGAUUUUUGCGCAAGGUGUUGUGAUGACAAUUGGGACCAGCGAAAACCUGAACUUGGAAGGAAGACGGACUGGCACAAUUUAUCUGACGUCGCAUCGAAUCAUUUUCAUGCCAGAUCCACCAGGAGAUUGGCUCAAGUCUUUCGAAAUGCCUUUCAAUAAUAUGCAAGAUGUGCAUUUGGAGCAGCCGAUAUUUGGAGCUAAUUAUCUGAGAGGAAUUGCUGUCGCUAUUCCUGGUAGUCAGAUGAGAGGAGAAGUUCCAUGGCGUAUGACGUUCAACAAGGGAGGAUGCAUCGACUUCGGACAAGCUCUACUUUUAGCAGUAGAUCGUGCGAGUCGAAUGCGUCCUGCGAAUGCGCCGCCUCCGUAUGCACCGCCAAUGGGAAAUUUCUACCAAGCACCACCUGCCUAUUACCAACCAGCAGAAAACCCAGAUCACGGAUACAAUCCACAAACAGACGCAUUUCCGGAGCAACCAAAUCCGUCUAGAGUAUUUAUUAGCGGCGCACCGCCACCGUACCCAGGAAUUGGACCGGAAAGAGAACCGCAACCCACUGAAGAACUGCGAGUUGCCGGACAGUUCGAAGCACCGCCAGCGUACUCUGAAACAUCCGAAGGACUACGACGAAGAAAUUGA